GGACCGGCCGCGGACCUAAGGGCCGUCUCCACGGCAACGGCGCCCCGACACCGGAAGUGGCGCCCGCAGAGAACGGGGGCUGAGGGCCGGGGUCGCGCGUCGCCUACGGGGUUGUGAGGGCCGUGUCUCCACAUGCCGGGUUAGCGGGCCCUGGAGAGCCGGACCUCCUACUCUGGAGUCCCGUGCGCAGAGACGCGUGACCUGGUGCCGGGCCGCCCCCAUGGCGUGCACCUCCACCCGAGUACACCUGCUGCAGAAUGCAAACCCCUCCGUGCGGUGUCCAGUGACACGCCUGAAUGAGGGCCAUUGCCCUGUCUAGCUGGGUAAAACAGAGCUAAACCUCCCCGGCUCGGGACAGGUUUCCUCCCUCUGCGCCUCGGCCGCAGCUGCACUGGCGGCCAUUUGCUCAGGACCUGCGGCGGUGAAGGCAGCUGAUGGAGAGGAAGUCGCAAAAGCCUGUUGGCAGUAUUGCCCUGUCCUGUUACCAACUUUUUGGUCUCUAUUGUCGUAUAGUUUGAAAUUUAGUUUUUUCUUUCCAUCUGCAAAUUAACAUAGGCAGCUGCAAAUGACAUUUGCUUGGUGAAACAAGGAACCACAUGCCAUUUCUCCUCUCUUUGUGUCCCAGUUUGGAGAACUCUGGCACUAUGCCCAGCCUAGACAAGCCAGCGAUGCUUCUGUGUACAGGCAACUCCGAGGGAAGAGGUCUUGGUGCCUCCAUUUACAGAGAAAGAGCAAUGGGAGGCCAACACCUCCCCCAAGGCUUAGAUGAGGGACCCUAGAUGCUGAUGACACCUAUGCCAGCCAUCUGGACACUGCACCACCACUGCAAAAUAGCACUGCCGCCCGGGCCCAAUGCCGGUCAUGCCCAUCCCGCGGCGGGUGCGCUCCUUCCACGGCCCGCACACCACCUGCCUACACGCAGCCUGCGGACCAGUGAGAACCUCUCAUCUGGCCCGCACCAAGUACAACAACUUCGACGUGUAUGUCAAGUCCCGCUGGCUCUACGGCUUCAUCCGCUUCCUGCUCUACUUCAGCUGCAGCCUCUUCACAGCGGCCCUCUGGGGCGCGCUGGCCGCGCUCUUCUGCCUGCAGUACCUGGGCGUGCGCGUGCUGCUGCGCUUCCAGCUGAAACUGUCAGUGCUGCUGCUGCUGCUGGGGCGCAGGCGCGUGGACUUCCGCCUCAUGAACGAGCUGCUCAUCUACGGGAUCCACGUGACCAUGCUGCUGGUCGGGGGACUGGGCUGGUGCUUCAUGGUCUUUGUGGACAUGUGAAGGUCCAGCCUCCAUGGGGCUCUUGAUUGGUCCUAUCAAGCCGCUUUCCUUGGAGGGUGGGGCUGGUGGGGCUUUUGCUUGCCCCAUCCCAGAGGUAAGGCCUGAAGCACACACUCCCGCUGAGGGGAGGGAGACAAGGGCUGAGACUACUCUGUAAUGGGGACACCACACAGUCUUCCCCGCUGGCUUCUGCGCUGCCCUUCCUGUGCACUCUCCCAGAUGUGCUGUCCCUCUCAGCCUCUUGCCUUGGGUUGCCUGUGUGUUUUCAGGUUGUCCAGUGGGUGGCCCAUCUGUCUUCUCUGCACCUUGAGACUUUCUGUGUGACAUUCUUACCAACAUCAGGCCCAACCAGUGGGACACGAAGGGGUGCCUUUGGGCUGCACGGCCCCUUUCUGUGCCCUGUUCCUGGCUCUAGCCUCAGGGACCCAUCUGGCCACACAAGCAGACACACUGCUGCCACUACUUGCACCUACUCUGAGCUGCUUGAAUCCUAAGCCCAUGGACCACUCCGCUGUCACUGUGGCCGUGUCAGUCUUGAACCCCAAGUCAGGCCUCAGAGUGAUCUUGGUUUGCGUAGGUACAGUCUAGCAGGACAGCAUGUGUGGGAUUGGCUAGUCUCUGAUACAAGGGGACACAGGCACCAACUUGGACUCUAGAGCAGGGGCUGGUCCACGCCCUGGGCAGGUCUGUGUGUCAGGUAGAGCUCUGCAAACUGAGAGAGCCUAGAAAACCACUUCUGCUUGACACUGGGAGGAGUUUUCGCUGUUUCUGAGGGAUGAGGCCUCCAGCAGCCUCCCAGUCUUGGCCAGACCUGUGGAAAACAGGAGCAACUGACUACCCCCUCAGUGGUAUUUACCAGCCCUGGAUGGGCAGCCUGGGUGGGCUAGCUGUACCUUUCUCACAUGUUGUUAGGCCUGGUUCAUGAGAUAAAAGAUGGAAUACCUGACCAUCUUUGGCCUCUGUUAGGGUUGGAUUAUGACUCUCACUGGUGACAAGGGCCUGGGUGGCCAGUGAAGUGCUUUGAGUAGCAACUCCAGGGGCAGGACAUUGAGCACAUCGUGCUAACACAUGCUUCACUCCAGAUUGUCACCCCACACCCUGGGCAUGGGGGUGGCCCCUUUGACCCUACCCUGCCAAGAAAACCAGUUGUGUUCCACUUAAGAAACCCAAACUGGGAAAGCAAAAGUGUAGGACUAUUGGUCUAGCAAGAGGGCUCAUGGAGGAAGUCUGCCUGCCUCCCAGGAUAGCAAUGAGGUGCCUUCCCCGGGGACCCUGCUUCUGCUUGCUUGCUGCAGAGAAUCGUUUGCACUAACUCCCACUCUCCCCCCAAAGCAGCAUUGUUCUUUGUUAAUUAGCUCAUGUUCCUCAGAGUGGCCCGAAGCCCCAUUUUGCUGGGUGAUAGUGGGUGUGUCAGGGCUGGUGGUGGGAGCGAAUGAUGGGACCUUGUCACUCAUUGCACACCCAGCUGCCCAGUGUCCUGAGUGCCUGUUAAAUUCUUUAUGAGAUGAAUCACCUGCAUUAAACCUAUUUUUUUAAGUGUG